GUAUGCGCUCGGGGUCAGGGUUGAAAGUUCACGGGAAUGUUCGCGGGAAACGUCGCAAAAUUAAUCGGUUUGAAACAAGUGGAAUCGGUUUUCCCAACGUGAUUCUCCAAACAAACAGUCACUGAAUUGACCUCUUAAGUGUGAAAAAUACCACGGUACAAGUAUCCGUGCUAAUAACUUUUAAGCUAGCUGAGCUUCUUCUGAUAGCAAGUCAGUUUGCUGGCGUGGUUAUCGCCGCACGGACUCCUAAACGAAUACUGCGAAGAAAUGGCAGAGAGGCCAGAAGAUCUCAACCUUCCAAACGCGGUUAUCAGUCGCAUUAUCAAGGAGGCGCUCCCAGAUGGGGUGAAUGUUUCAAAAGAAGCACGGAGAGCAAUAUCCCAAGCUGCCAGUGUAUUUGUAUUGUAUGCAACAUCUUGUGCAAACAACUUUGCCAUGAAAGCCAGGCGAAAAACUCUGAAUGCAGGUGACGUCUUAGCUGCAAUGGAGGAGAUGGAGUUUGAGCGAUUCAUGGAACCUCUCAGAGAAGCUCUGGAAAUGUAUAAGAAGGGCCAAAAGGGAAAGAAGGUGGUGUCUGAACAGAAGCGCAAAGAUAAAGAAAAGAAGACUGGAUCUGAAAAUGAUAAGAGCAGGGAAGAGGAAGAGGAGGAUGAGUGCAUAGAGGAAGACCCUGGAGCAGAGAACGAGGUGGAGGAGGAGGAGGUGGAAAACUGAGGACAAUUCCCAUUGUCGGAAAGGAUGAAAUGCAAUGGGUCAGCCCCUGUGAGGUCAUCUCAAAGACCCCAGUAGAAACUGAAUUUAUUGAAUGGAUUGUUACCUUUUUGUCCGUUUGCUUCAAACAUGCAAAUGCUAAAAAAAAAAAAAAAAAAGCACAAGAUUUCAUCCAAAUCUUCUUUCCUAUG